CAAAUGCGUUUGAGUAGCACGAAAGUCUGUUUGUCCAUACGGUGCACCGUAGAAGUGUGCCUUUCCUGACAUUCAAGAUGGCGGCCUCCCUGACGAGAUGUGUUUCGGGUUUGGCGCGGCCGCUAGCGUCCUUAGUGAGAUGCCCGCGAGUGGUGUCCAUGGGGAUGGCCACUCAGCAGAUGCGUACCAUGGCAACAAUCUUGCCCCGCCUCCAGACCCCGCCCACAUGGGCUGCAACGCCCGCUUCAACAUCCCUGCUGCAACGUGUGUGUCCGCUGGUGCCAGCGGUGUUGGCGCCCCCUGUCAGGACUCUGACGUAUUACAGCCUGAAAUAUGGCAAACGCAAGAGCAACCGCUCGGUAAUCAAACGCUUCAAGAGGCUCCACUGUGGCCUUUGGCUGCGACGCAAGGCUGGCUACAAGAAGAAGAUCUGGAAGAAGAUGCCUGCUCGCCGUAAGCGUCUGAGGGAACACGUGAUCUGCAACAAGACUCAGAGUCGCCUGCUGGACAAGAUGACGGGCCGCUUCUGGAAGAGACGCAACUGGUACCUCAACGACCCAUACCUGAAAUACCACGACCGGGUCAACCCCCGAUGGUGAUGAGUGUGUGGUGUUCUAAGUGUGUGUGUGUGUGUGAGUGAACAACCCAUACCUGAAAUACCACAACCGUGUCAACCCCUGAUGGUGAUGAGUGUGCGGUGUUCUAAAUGUGUGUGUGUGUCCGCCCGAUUACCGCGGUGGUGUAAAUAUGUGUGUGUGUGUGUGUGUGUGUGUGUGUGUGUGUGUGUGUGUGUGUGUGUGUGUGUGUGUGUGUGUGUGUGUGUGUGUGUGUGUGUGUGUGUGUGUGUGUGUGAAGUCUGAUGUUGGUAGAUGUUGAGUGAAGAAUAAAGGAGUU